UUCGCAAUGUAUAGAAUAAUACUAUUGAUUUUUUUGAUAACUGCCCACAAUUCACAUGGGGCAAGAAUUCUAGGAGUUUUCCCCACGUCAUCAUUAAGUCAUCAAGUAGUGUUUCGACCUUUGACUCAAGAAUUGGCUAGAAUUGGCCACGUAGUCACCGUUAUCACGACAGACCCAGCAUUUAAUGACCAAACUCGCCCAGCAAAUUUGACGGAAAUAGAUGUCCACGAUGUUUCAUACAAUCUGUGGAUACAAAGAAUGAAAGAUAAACGUAUGGAAUUUGGUGAUAAAGCUGGCGUAUUCAAAGUAGCAGCAGGAAUGGCAACCUUUUUUGCUGAAAUCAUAGAGGAACAAUUAAAAACUGAGGGAGUACAAAAACUCAUUAAUGAUAAAAAUAAAAAAUAUGAUUUAAUUAUUAUUGAAGCUUGUGCACGACCAGCUAUUUUUUUCUCGCAUUUAUAUAAAGCACCGGUUAUCGCAAUAAGUUCCUUCGGUAUGGCUUUUGGAGGUGAAGAUCUGGUUGGGGCACCUUCUCAUCCUAUUUUGUAUCCAAACAUGAUGCAUCAAAGACUACACAAUUUGACGUUUUGGGAGAAAUUUAAUGAAUUCUACAAGCAUUAUUGGAUCGUUAAUAUGUGGAAAUCGACUGAAUAUAAAGAAUUCAAUUUAUUCAAGAAAUACUUCGGUGGCGAUGAUGUACCCCCUUAUACAGAAUUAAAUAAAAAUGUGGAUAUGAUGUUCUUAAAUAUUCACCCGAUAUGGAGUCAUAAUCAACCUCUUCCGCCAAAUGUUAUUUCAGUUUGGGGAAUUUAUAAGAAGCCUCAGAAAUCUCUACCACAGGAUCUCAAAGAAUACUUAGAUUCUUCGAAGAAUGGCGUGAUAUACAUUAGUUUUGGAUCAAAUGUUCGCUCAUCAUUGUUGCCACCGGAGAAAAUAAAGAUUUUGAUAAAAGUUUUAUCUAAACUGCCGUAUAAUAUACUAUGGAAAUGGGAGACGGAUGUUCUUCCUGGAAAAUCGAAGAACAUUAAAAUAGCGAAAUGGUUACCACAAUCAGAUCUGCUACGCCAUCCAAAUAUUAAGUUAUUUAUAACACAAGGAGGUCUUCAGUCGAUGGAUGAAGCUAUGAAUGCUGAAAUACCACUUAUAGGGAUACCCAUGUUUGGAGACCAGUGGUAUAAUGUUGAGUCAUUUGAGUAUCAUAAAAUUGGAGUCCGAAUUGAGUUAGAUACUAUCACUGAAGAGCAAUUAACAAAAGCUAUUGGAACCGUUAUACAUGACAAGAGGUAA